UUAAGUCUCUGAUAUCCAAAAAGUACUUUACAGUUGACUUUCUGAAUUACAUCAUUGAAUCUUUCCCUUUUAAGUAUACAGAUAAAACCAACAGACCACAAAAAAUUUCACAGUCGUGGGCAUUGAAAAAAUCUCUUGGUGGGAAUUGUCAUGAGAAUUGGACACUUUUACGAUUUCUGCCAUUGAUGAUUGGUCAUGUUAUACCAGAGGAUGACAAAACUUGGCAAAUUUUAUUAGAUUUGAAAGAAAUUGUUGAAAUUCUGGCUAGUGGACAUUUUUCAGAAGAGACAUUGUCAUACUUGGAAUGUAAAAUCUCUGAUCACAGGUGCCUAUUAAAAGAGGUGUUUCCUGAAUUCCACCUCCUGCCCAAGCACCACUAUCUGGAACAUUAUCCGGAACUGAUACGAAGAUUUGGACCACUAAUUGAUUUCUGGACUAUUAGGUUUGAGGCAAAGCAUAACUUUUUUAAAAGAGUAGUCCACGAUUGUCGCAACUUCAAAAACAUCUUGCUUACUUUAGCAACAAAACACCAACUUUCUUUAGCUUACCAUCUGGACUUGCCAAGUCUUUUUAGGCCUGAUCUGGAAGUUGGACACAUUGCGGUUGUGUCACCUGAUAUACUAGAGCAUUCUAUGAAGAAGGCUGUAGAGCUGAAAUAUGGAAACAUAACUCUUGUAUCUCUUGCAACCCAUGUCUGCCUGUAUGGCACCAAGUAUUCAGAGGGUAUGUUUUUGUCCGUGGGGCACACCAGCGGCUUGCCUGACUUUGGAAAGCUAGUUAAAAUUGUAGUUGUGUCUAGCAAAAUGUCUUUCAUGAUUGAGCCCUAUCAAGCAUGGUACAUGGAGCACCUGCGGAGUUAUGAACUGGUGAAACAGCAGUCUUAUGAACUGAAGAUUGUGGAAUCACAUGAACUUAACGCAUAUCAGCCCCUGUUUCCAUACACAAGAGCAGGCAAACUGCUAGUGACGCCAAAAGCUUUCUUGCUUCACUAAGAAAAGAUCUCAAAGUUUCUCACUCAAAGGAAGAUGCUGUUACGAGUUAUAAUUUCACCGCAGGACAUUAGGAAGCUCAGGUUGGACACAGCCCCAAAUUCAGUGGAUGGCCUGAAACUGGUGUUGAAAGACAAAUUGCAGCUAAGCCAGCCGUUUGACCUUCAGUAUGAAGAUGAAGAUUUUCAAGACUUUUGUAACCUUACUUGUGUUGAUGAUCUACCAAAGGAGAAGGCUACGUUGAAAGUCAAUUUCUGUGUUGCUGUCUCCUCAGACUCCAGUUUGGACAGUUUUGUUGCACCAUCUCCAUCAGCAUCAUCUUCAUUAAGCAGCCAUUCAGAGUCCUUUGCUGGUCGAUUACAGCCAUGGCCAACUACAUUUUCCAUUCCCACUUUCUCGUAUGAUGUUGAGCUGAGGCUGAGGCAAGGCAAUGAUGCUUUCAGAAAAGAUGGAACACUUCUGUCCAUUUCAAGGGACAUGAAGUCAGAGAUUCUGGAGAAAAUUGCUGAGGCAAUAUAUUCCUUCAAGGCCUACCCUAGAAAUGAAGAAUUUGAGUGUGUAGCCAUUGCUCUUGUUGAAAAACACCCUUGCCUAAAAGAACCUGGCUCCACAUCUGGAUGGUAUGGGUGGAAGCUAAGUUUAAAGUUUAAAAUGGGCAAUUAUAGACAAAAAUUGAGAGAUGCAGGCUGUCGAGAGCUAAUGGUAAAUUCUGAGAAAAGAGGUUCUGAGGACAUGCGAGGGAAGAGAAACAAAGUAAAGAAACCCAGACGUUCUGAAACAAACUUCCUUCCAGAUCUCCCCCAAGGAAGAGACCUGCGACACCUUGAAGAAGAGCGAGAAAAGAUGGCCCAAGAGAUGAGAAAAGCCACUCCAAACCUGGUAUUUAUUGAUCAGGCAAUGAAUGCCACAUAUGCACUGAGAAGACAAGAGAUUGUUGAAGAGGAGCCCCCUAUUUCUGAAAUGAUGGUCAGAUGGCCUGCGCUUUUUACUGAAAGACAGAUCAUCAAAGAAUUCACCAGGCUGAUGUCUAUGGACCUCACUUUGUUCUAUGAGCGUUUGGACAGUCACCUGCUCAGACUUCUUCAGUUGUUCAGGUCAAAGCGCUUUGAGGGGAAUAAAGAAAUGACAUCCUUACUGGAGAGCCUUGACAAGGAUGUAUCAAACCAAAAGAAGAGGGCAACAGCUUUGCAUGGCCUACCGUGGUACAUGAAGGAAAAUCCAUCUGCAUUCAUGAAGAUGUGUGAGCCCACGGAUCCUGAGGAGGACGUCAUCAGGGGAAUGCUGAUUGGAAUACUCUUAGUUGCUGAGGAUGUGAAGGAGCCCCUUCCAGCUUCCUACAAUGAUAUUGCCAUUGUGGUUGAAGAAAUUAUUGUCAUUCGCCACUUGCGAGAUGUACCCAGUGCUUUUGUCAAUCUGAUGGGACUGCUGUACAUUCUGAACAUUGACUAUCCAAAAGACUUGAAGUACACUUUUGAGGUAAUUCAACGACUGUUCAUGGGAAUAGGGCUGGACGCAUGCACUGCCAGAGUCCACUCUCUGAAGAAUAAAUUGUUCAUUUAAUUAGAUAAUGCAAGCAUCUUCAUUGGUUAUGUUUUGAUUUUCUGUGUCUUGAUGUUCUUGCUGAUCUUUGAAGCAAAUGUGUCUAUAUACUUAUUUACUUAUACACUUUAUGUAUUUCAGCCCUAUUCCCGUGAACAGAGGCAUUUUUGUAAUAUUUAAAGUAUCUCUUUAAUAUAUCAGCAAGGCACUAUAUUAUUAUUUUUAUUAUUUUUUGGCAGCUGUACAAUUGACAUUUGAUAUUUUUUGUUGUGGCUGCUCUGUUCAGAGGAAAUGUGUCUCUGAGACACUAUUUUAUUUGGCUUUAAAGGAGCCUUGAACGGACUUUACAUUUGAGCAGUGCCUGUACAUUUGAUGUUAAGAUAGUUGACCAUGUGUCUUAGUUGACAUUUGUCUGCAGUUGAGAAUAAAUAUUCCAGAUUGAAA